AUGGAUCUGAGUGAUGGGGGCCCAGAGGAGUUGCCACCACCGCCUCCUCUGCCUCCCGACGUGGUGCCCAUCAGAGCAGAAGAAGAUGUCGCCGAGGAACUGCCUCGAAACAAGCCUGCAAAGCCCAAGAGGCUCCCUAAGGCCAGGCCCGGGCUUGGGAAGAGAGGGCAGACCAUCCAGCUACUUGCUAACCACUACAAAGUUUCUAUGAGGAGUUCAGAGGACUUUUUCCACCACUACCAUGUUAAUUUGAAGUAUGAGGAUGAUCAACCUGUUGUUGGAAAGGGGAUAGGGAGAAAGGUUCUGGAUAAACUGCAGCAUAUGUACCGUUCCGAGCUCGCGAACAAUGAAUUUGCAUAUGAUGGUGAGAAGAGCCUCUUUACAAUCGGGGCUCUUCCCCAGGUACACAAUGAGUUCACUGUAGUGUUGGAAGACAUCGGAAGGGGAAAGUGCUCUGGAGGUAAUAGUGGCAGCAGUCCUGGAGGUAGUGACACGAAGAGAGUGAAGAGGCCCUACAAGACAAAGAUUUUCAAAGUGGAGCUUUGCUUUGUGGCAAAAAUCCCUACGGCCGCAAUCACGCAGGCCCUUAGAGGUCAAGAAUCAGAGAACUCUCUCGAGGCUCUUCGAGUUCUUGAUAUCAUACUGAGGCAGCAUUCUGCAAAACAGGGCUGUCUUCUACUUCACCAGUCAUUUUUCCACAACAAUCCUCGUAAUUUUGUUGACUUGAAAGGUGGUGUGGUGGGGUGCAGAGGAUUUCACUCAAGUUUCCGUGGUACGCAGAGUGGACUCUCCCUAAACAUCGAUGUUUCGACUACCAUGCUAGUUAAACCUGGUCCUGUUAUUGAUUUUCUUCUUGCAAACCAGAUGGUUGAUCACCCUAACAGAAUUGACUGGUCAAAGGCCAAGCGUGCUCUCAAGAACUUGAGGAUAAAGACCACUCAUGCUAAUUCUGAGUUCAAGAUUUUUGGUUUGAGUGAGAAAAAAUGCAAUGAACAGACGUUUCUAUUGAGGCGGAAGGAUGGUGACAAUGGAGACAUUAAUACUGUUGAAAUAACAGUCCAUGAAUACUUUGUACAUAAUAGAGGCAUAGAACUGCGCUAUUCCGAUCUUCCCUGUAUCAAUGCUGGGAGGCGAAAUCGUCCUACGUACUUCCCUGUGGAGCUUUGUGAGCUCGUUCCUCUGCAAAGAUACACCAAAGAUCUGUCUACUCUGCAGCGGUCCUCACUUGUGGAGAAGUCCAGACAAAUGCCUCAUGAAAGAAUGUCAAUACUUAACGAUGCACUUAAACGUACCAACUAUGACUCGGACCCCAUGGUGAAGGCAUGCGGCAUUUCAAUUGCCCGACAUUUUACUCAAAUUGAAGGGAGGGUCCUGCCAGCACCCAAGCUGAAAGCCGGUAACGGUGAAGAAUUCUUCCCACGCAAUGGAAGGUGGAAUCUUUCGAAAAAGAAGCUGAUUCGGACAUGUUCUGUCAACAAAUGGGCAGUUGUCAAUUUCUCUGCAGAGUGUGAUGUUCAUGGUCUUGUCCGAGACCUUAAAAGGAUUGCAACUGAAAUGGGGAUUAAAAUAGAGUACCCUUAUUGUGAUGUAAUUGAAGAGAGCCCGUCGGCAAGAAGAGCUCCUGCAUCACGUAGAGUGGACGAGAUGUUUGCUAAGAUAAAUUCCCAUCCACCUGGAGACCCCAAGUUCCUCCUGUGUCUUCUUCCUGUGAGAAAAAACUGUGAAAUUUAUGGGCCUUGGAAGAGGAAGUGUCUUGUUGAAUGCGGCAUCUUCACACAAUGUCUAGCUCCUCCAAGAAAAAUCAACGAUCAGUACCUGAUUAAUGUGUUAUUGAAGAUAAAUGCUAAACUUGGUGGUCUCAACACAUUGCUGCAAUGUGAACUAUCCCCUGCACCUGCAGUACUACCCAUUGUGGGGAAGCUGCCUACUAUCAUCUUGGGCAUGUAUGUGUCACAUGGUCAGCCUGGGCAAUCUGAUAGGCCUUCAAAUGCUGCGGUCGUUAAUUCUCGCGAGUGGCCUCUCAUCUCUAAGUACAGAGCAACAGUGCACACUCAAUCACCCAAACUAGAAAUGUUGUCCUCCUUAUUUAAACCAUGGGGAAAGGAUGAUGGCCUCAUUCGGGAAUCGCUUAUCGACUUCUACACUAGUUCUGGGAAUCGAAAACCAGAGCAAAUUAUUAUUUUCAGGGAUGGUGUUAGCGAAAGCCAGUUUACUCAGGUCAUCAACAUUGAGCUGGAGCAGAUCAUCGAGGCCUGCAAGUUCCUCGACGAGACGUGGGAGCCUAAGUACACAGUAAUUGUUGCUCAGAAAAACCAUCAUACCAGAUUUUUCCAGACUGGAUGUCCGGAUAAUGUUCCUCCUGGGACCGUCGUGGAUAAAGAGGUCUGCCAUCCCAAGAAUUUCGACUUCUACAUGUGUGCACAUGCUGGGAUGAUAGGCACGUCGAGGCCAACACAUUACCAUGUUCUGCACGACGAGAUCGGAUUCACCGCAGAUGAGCUUCAGGAAUUUGUGCACUCGCUUUCAUACGUGUACCAGAGGAGCACAACAGCGAUAUCAGUCGUUGCUCCGAUUAUGUACGCGCAUCUGGCGGCUGCACAGGUAGGCACGUUCGUGAAGUUUGAAGACAUGUCGGCGGGCAGCAUCCCGGUGCCGGAGCUGCCUCGGCUGCAUGAGAAUGUGAGGAGCUCCAUGUUUUUCUGCUGAUCCGCUCUUGAUGCUGGGGGUAGUGGUGAACUAUGUCUCGCUAUGUGCCUGUGUCUAUCUAUAUCUAUCUAAAUAAAUAGCACCUGGAACUACUCGGUCCAUUGAUGUCGCUGGAAACCAUGGA